AUGACCGCACAAAGCGAUGGAGAGCCUCCAGAUGGGAAGUUCAGUCACCUCCGGACUUCCAAAUCUAGUCAACGACUCAACCAGGUCGAGAAGAUCAGAGCGCAUGGUGUGGGUGACCUGAUCUCAUUACCAGCAUUGGUCGUUUGUGGAGACCAGUCAACUGGUAAAAGCUCAGUUUUGGAGGGCGUUACGGGAAUACCUUUCCCUCGACAGGAAGGACUCUGUACUAGGUUCCCCAGUGAGAUCAAUCUUCGGCAUACAGAAUGCGAGUCGGUUACGAUUACUGCUAGCAUCAGGCCGCACAUCUCGCGGCCUGCAGAAGUUCAACAGACCCUCUCUGCGUAUCGCAAACAAUUGAAGGACAUGUCGGAGUUGCCUAGUGUUAUCGAAGAGGUGUCACGAUUGAUGAAUAUUCGUGGAUGUUGCGACAACGAAAACGCCAGUGCCUUUUCUGUUGAUGUUCUACGAAUAGAGGUUGCCGGUCCAAUUGGAUUACACCUCAGCGUGGUGGAUUUGCCAGGGCUUAUAUCUGUUGCCAACGAAGAGCAAACUGAUGAGGAUGUCGAAGCUGUACACAGUAUGGUAACAUCAUAUCUUCAGAGCUCGCGAACGAUAAUUCUGGCUGUUUUGCAGGCAAGCAACGAUAUGGCGAAUCAACCUAUUAUUAAGUUGGCGAGAACUCAUGAUCCCCUUGGCCAAAGGACAGUGGGAAUCAUCACGAAGCCUGAUUUGAUAAAUAGUGGCAGCGAAGCCAAAAUUGCACUCGUGGCAAAAAACAAAGACAGUAUCAAGCUCAAACUGGGAUUCUUUCUCCUAAAGAACCCCAGUCCUGCUGAGCUCAAAGAAUGUGUCACUAUGGCUGCACGCUCAAACCUAGAACGGCGGUUCUUCUCUGGUCCCGCUUGGGCUAGCCAAGAUCUCGAUAUGAAUCGAAUAGGCGCAGAAAAGCUCCGAGUUUUCCUCCAAGACCUGCUCGAUACUCAUAUAGAGAGAGAGUUGCCUAAAGUGAGAGAAGAGAUUAAGAAGCUGCUGAUUGAGAGAGAUGCUGAGCUUAGAUCUCUUGGAGAGGCUAGGCCUACAACAGAUCUCAUUAGGACUUUCCUAACAGCCCUUGGCAUGAGAUUCUAUGAGCUCUUACAGGCUGCGCUUGACGGAAACUACCACAGUAUCGAUAUCAAGUUCUUUUCAGAGAGCGAUACAUCGAGACUACGAGCACGCGUGCAGAAGUCAAACACCAAGUUCGCAGCCUACAUGCGAGAGUCCGGACAGAGACGGAAAAUAAAAAUUGAACUCAAUCAUGACAAUACAGCGCCAGAGUCUGACGACUCGGAAGAUGACAAAUUGGAUGACAUUACGACUCAACUUAUUGUAAACAAAGCGGAAAUGAUGCGAUGGGUGAAGGAGGCAUAUGCACGCACAAAAGGAAAAGAGUUACCUGGGAACUACAACUCAGCACUCUUGGCCGAACUGUUUCACGAACAAUCGCGUCGCUGGCCUACUAUUGCAGAGUCCCACAUCGAUACUAUUCUCAAGAUAGUGUCGGAGUGGAUUCAGCUGGCUGUCGAAAGACUCAUCCCCGAGGAGAGUAUGCGAGCUCAAAUCCACUCAAUACUUCAACAAUGGCUUGAAGAGACCGAGAAGAAUGCACUCGGUGAGCUGGAAAAGCUGGUCGAAGACGAACGACGCAGUCCAUUGACGUAUAAUCACUAUUAUACGGACAAUGUCCAAAAAUCUCGACUAGAUGCGCAGAAGAAAGCGGUGGAAAACGCCGUUUCUGCUGAGAGAGAUGUUCACGGAAAGUUACAUAUUAGUAACGUCCAAGUGGACAUCCAAAAGUUCAUCGCUGCAGUUGGGUCUCGCAUUACCGUGGAUAUGGAUGAGCAGGCAUGCCACGAGGCGAUCACGGAGUUGGACGCAUACUACAAGGUUUCAAUGAAGACUUUUGUUGAUAACGUCGCGAGGCAAGUCAUUGAGCGCCACGUUAUAGCACCCUUGCCAAAUGCUUUCAGUCCAAAUUCUGUUUCUCAGCUAUCCGAAGAAGACUUGCUCCGAAUCGGCUCCGAGUCUGAGAAACAGAUCGCCAGACGGGAGAAGCUGGCUUUGCAGGUGCAGUCCGUUUUCCCAUCGCAACAUUUACGCUAUGUUUACAAUAACUUGAGUUAUAUCAUGUUUAUGUGCAAUCAGAAUCAGAAUACUAUGCCAAAGUUCGAUUCAGAGAAGCUCCCUGGCGUCCCCUCCAACAACACUGAAUUGGCUACUAUGACCUGGAAACCUCUCGCCAGAACAAUCCAUCAUGUACACCAUGAGACAGACAAUACCUUCUAUACCUUUUCAAAGGAACACAAGCCAUCCUUCACAGUCGAUUCAGGUGCUGAAGUGAGCUUUGAUAAUACCCAUGCUGGAUUCGUGAACCUCACCAGAGACUCAACCACAGCCGAUGCCGUUGCAAUGGAUAUACAAUCCCCAAAAGACAUGGAGAAGCUCAUAGGACAGCUCUAUGUGAAUGGCCCAGUAUACGUAAAUGGCGCCGAGCCCGGCGACAUUCUCAAAGUUGAGAUUCUCGAAUUGCAGACUGGCAGUUGGGGAUGGACUGCUGUCAUCCCCGGAAUGGGUCUGUUGCAGGACGAAAUACCUGGACCGCAUAUCAUGACCUUUGAUCUUCCCGAAAGCCAAGAUUACGCAGUAUUCAAGCCUGGCAUUCAUAUCCCAUGCCAACCAUUUUACGGCACCAUGGGCGUGGCCCCAGCUGAAGGCGAGCAGUCUGCUCUGUAUCCGCGCAACGACAUUGGCGGAAACUUUGACUGCCGCUACCUGGGCCAGGGUUCAACGUUGUUUCUCCCUGUCAACGUUCCUGGAGCCUUAUUCGCUGUUGGGGAUGGGCAUUUCUGCCAAGGAGAUGGCGAAAUAUGCUGCACAGCGUUGGAGACGACUAUGCGCUCACGAAUGCGAUUGAGUGUUGUCAAGGGCAAAGGGAAGCUGGCUGGCCCUCACUAUGAGACAGAUCCUGAGAGGGUGAAACAGAUGGUGAGCGUUGCCAGCAAGGGAGAACACGGUGCACUCAUGACGGGCACCGAUCGCGACACGGUUGUUAAGCAGGCCGUGAGGGAAAUGAUGAGGUGGCUGGAAGAAGAAAAGGGACUGACGCAGGUGGAGGGUUACAUGCUGUUUAGUAUUGUCGGCAAUCUCAAGAUGAUGCAUGAGAUUGGGAUUGGCAUUUACACCGUGUCUGCAAGUAUUCCGCUGGGGAUUUUUGUCGACUAA